AUGCACUUCAACCAGGAUAGCGUGGAUGACCUCCGCCUUAUGCUCGAAGAUACGAUCCGUGACCCUCAACUAAUGGGACAUAUUAGGAGAACGCACGAGGCGACAGUCCAUGCGAUAUACGAAACCGCCGAGCCCAUCCGGAAGAAGCGGAAGAGAACCACAUUAGCCGACCCCGGAGCCGAGGCUCCAGGAGUCACGGCUUUGCGACUGAAGCACGAAGCAAUCCAUCUACGGUGUUGGCCAUUGACGAUUCAUGCUGCAUCGUUCAUUCGGCCAACGAGGCAGCAAGACCAUAACACAUUGAUCAAUGUUAAGAGCCUGGGUGUUGGGCCCACGUCUGCUGCCGGAGACCACGAUGCUCUGCUAUCUGUUACAGUAUAUAAUCGAUUGUCCUGGGGACAGAAGAUUCUCUCGCGGGCUUCCCAGCACGUCCUGCUAUCGUCGCAAUCGCUCCGUGACUUGUUCGAGGCAAUUCCAUGCACGUCAAAAGAAAUACCUCAUGAGACUCGUGAUGAGACCGGUACGGUGACAGGAUACAGGUCUCGGCGAAGUGGUGAUGAUAUGGCUGUCGACGACGACACGGGGGCGGCUGUGUGCAUAGAAGACGUACUGUACGGAGAUUGCCAGAGCGAGGAUGAUUAUGCGGACAAGGUGCUCAGACAGCUGCAGUCACUGCCCGAAGAGAAACGACCUAGCCUUACGAAAGGUGGACCGAUGCAUGACACGAAGUUGUCUUCUCUGACAGUGCGGCUGAACGAACCUUACUGGCUGUUGCACGCCGGCAGCUGCGAGCAUUUCUUCACUUUUACUACUAUUCGUCUUCGUCAUCCAUCGGACCCUCCCGUUGGGUACCCGCUUACCACUCAAAUCACCCCUCCCCUGUGCGACAACUGCCGGGUGUGUACCAAGGUUCCAGCGGUGUAUUCUGUGGUAGGAGAUAUUAGGUUGGGCGAGAGCCCGUUCCUGAUAUGCGGCCCGUGUUGGAGAUGGAUGGGAAACUCCAGUGACGAGUCCGAAGUAUUGGUAGUUCCCCUCCCGAUAUACGAGAUAGGUUGGACUGGCAAUUCAGUAUGA